CAAUAAAAAUUCAUUUUCUAAAUUGCGACAGGUUACGAGCUGCGCCAAGUUUCUGCAUUUAUUCUCCCGAUAGCAUGGAGGAUCGUAUGGCCUCCCGAUCCAGGAAUGGAACAAAUGAUGAUAGCAAUCAACCCUCAAUAUGGGUUGAUGAAUUAGAUAACACAGAAGCGUCAAAUACUUCCUAUGAUGAGAUGGAUUAUGUACCAACUACAGAAGAAGACGACGAAGAUGAAGAUGAUGAGAGCCAUGAUCUGGAUGACGAUGACGAUGACGAUGAAUAUCAUGGUCAGUUGACCCAGUCAACGAUUGUGUCAUCUCCAUAAUAGUUUCGAUGCGCUUUUCUGACCUAUAUAGAUGCAGAUGAUGGAAACCACGAGGUCCACAUUGAAUUUGCAGUAGGGGACGAUAAUGAUCUGAUUGAGAGUGGCGAAGAAACGGAG